UUCGCAGACGUCUGUGGACGAAAAUUCGUCCGAAAAUCGUGGUCGAAUAUUCACGGGACGAACGCAUAAAAAUCAGACUGAGGUUUACAGCGUCUAGUGACCAAGAUUUUAAAUUCGUUCGUUUUCGAUCAGUAAAAUUGUCAAAAUGUUCGUCAUAUGUGAAAUAUAUGAUGCAGUAAGCAAGAAAACUGUUUGUGAUUGGUUUGGGUUUAGUUUUGAUCAAAAUCUGGGUGGAAAUGAUGCGACGUUCAUCAAUAUAUUUGAAAAAUUUUGCCAGUUGAAAAGCCUUAAUCUUAGCCACGGAAGCUGUGUAGUGAAUGUGAAGUUGGGACAAAAUAAACACGAGUUGGCGAGUGUCUCUCCAAAUUCUCAAGCUUCUGAAGCUGUUUCAUGCCUUGGACAUUAUGUUUUAUUUCUAAUGGGUAUUGACAAUAAUAAUAACGAGGCGUCAAAUGAAUCAAAAAGAAGCACAGAUACGAGGCAGGAUGCUUUCUCAAUUUUACUGUCAGCGGCAAAUAAAGCAUCACAUUUACCAGAAAGCAAGUCAGAAGUAAAUCAGAAAGCAAACUUUACAAUGAUAUAUUAAAAUGGUUAAAAACGAUGAAAGUAGGCUUCGUUUCUUCAAACGUGAAGACCCUUGGUGAAAACUUGAUUAACAUCUUAUCAGAUGUAAUGUGGUUUCUGGAUGGAAAUCACAAAACACUUUCAGACCGUGGCUGUGCUAUUCCCGAUGCUCUACAGCAUUUCAGUGGGUACUACAAGCCUGCAUCAAGAAAAAGGAAAAAGGUUCAAGCAGACUAUCUGACUGAAGCUAAACUGAGGGAUCAUUACACAGCUUUACUUCAUGUCUUAGAUUGUGCAUUUAUGAAGAGAGAAAUGUGGACAUCUGUGAAAGAGAUUGUGACCGAGUUGGCCAACAGCCUUUUGAAGUAUGCAACAUAUCUUUCCAAAGAGAAAGAUGAACCAGAGUCUAAGAAGCAGAAGGCUACUGACAAAGACACAUUUGAGGUCCUCGUCCAGAAAAACAACAUUGCACCUGGUCCCUAUAGCAGGUAUAAAACUCUACAUUCUGCUUUGAUGUCAUGCAAGCCAUAUGAGCAUCUGCUGCUGAAUGAAUAUGCGCCUGGUGAUGCUAGACGUCGACAUGAAUACAUAAAAAACUUGGUGAUGCCUGUUAAAUGUAUAAAGUACACAUAUUCGGGGGCUAAAGAACACUUAACAUUUCUGUGGCGAGUUGAAACACAGGACAGUGAAAGUGUGGUAUUGAGUAAAAACAUGAAUAUUGUCACAAAUAUAAAAAAGAGUCUACCAGUUGAUCAUACCAAAGCCAUGAGACGUGAAUUUUUGAGCUUGUUUGGUAGAAAAAUUGACUCCAGAGCAGGUUUCUUGAGAGAAGCAUACAGACGAUUAACAGGUGACUGUCGAGCAAGUAUAAAUGCAGCAACAAAUGAAGUUGAUAAACGUAUUGCUGAUAUUUUAGAGCAUGAUGACCCCGACCUCAUUUGUGACUUAAGAGUUAAUAAUGGGCGUCCAGAACAGUAUGAUGAAUUCUUAUGGCAGUGUCAAAAACAUAUUAUUUCUAGUCUGGAAACUGCAGUUGAUGAUCGGAGACAUGAUAAGGUAUUAAAAGGUGGUGAUGACAUAGUAACGCACUUCGCAGAUGCUUUUUCUGUGUCAGAUUUUUAUGAGCAAGUAAAACUAAAAUGUCCAGCAAACACACCUGUUGCAUCAAAGCAAUGGUUAAAACUUCAAUUCUGGCCAAGAAAUACACAUCAUAAAUCAUCAGAACGAUAUUCUGGCCGUUUGAAAGUUAAAUUCAUGAUACAAAGUAGGCAAUUUAGACAUAGUCAUGAAGACAUGCAUUAUGCAUCAGCACUAUUUCGGUAUGAAAAAGAAUUUUGCAUAAAAUACAGAGAACAUUGUAGUAUGGUGUGUAUGGAUGACAAGCAUAAGUUAAAAGUUGGAGAACCUGGUUACCCAGUAGCUGCAGCUGAAAGGGGCAAAGCGGUUUUGAUUGCUAAUGGUAAAACAUUUGAAGUGGGAGAUCAUGAUUUCACAAAAUUUUCAAUCACCCCUAGUGUGACAUUAAAAGUAGAUAUUCCAAGUAGUAUUGAUGAAAGCUUCUAAUGAGGUGA